UUCUUCUUCUUCUUCUUCUUAUUCUUCAACACCACUAAGCAAAUUAACUUCUACUUCUGUUCAAUCCUUAACAACAUACUUCAUUCUUGUUCUAUAUCUGAAUCAGCAUCAACUUUUGGAAUAUUUGAAGAUAGAGGCAAGCUAUAGCCACGUAUAAACAGCAAGAAGGAGAGAUAAUUGGGUAUACAUGGCUAGAGAAAUCUGUGAAGAUAAAUCAAGGAACAUCAUUUCAUCAGCAGCUGGCUUUUGUUACUCAGAUGUUUCAUCGAGUAACCCAACAAUUCAUCAAACCCAUCUGGUGAACCAGAUCCAAGACUUUGAAUCGAAUCCAGAGAUCUUCAACUUGACCACGGGCAUGGAUAUGAUAGGGUUUUCAAAGAAUCUACAGCAGCAACACAGUGACAGUAACUCUGCUAUGUGGAAAGGUUUCUUUAGCAAACAUGGAAACAACGCUGGUCCUUCUUCUUCAAAGAUGAUCAAUGAGUCAACAACUGACUUUUAUCGUCAUCAUCAUGAGUUCAACAAACCAGUGUUCACUACUGGAAUAUCAGAAACAAGUAAUGAGAAUCUUAUAGUUGGAACUCAUGAGCAUGGUACUUGGCAAGAGAAUAGGUUACUUGUUGAUGAUUCUUCUUUGAGGUGUGUUUUUCCUUGUGAACCAAAUGAAAGACCAAGUCAAGGUCUUUCACUCUCCCUCUCUUCAAGUAAUCCUUCAAGUAUCGGUUUACAGUCUUUUGAACUGAGGCCAGCGAAUCAUAACAACCAUGACCAGCAAGAUGAAUUGAGGUUUAUGGGGUCAAGCUCUAGAGAUGGGUUCUUUGGAAAGUCUGCCAGCAUUCAAAACCAACAACAAAUGAUGCAAGAUGGGUUUUUGGGUAAAGCUGCAGAUAUUCAUCAUCAAGGGCAGUUCCAGCUGAGGAAUUCAAAGUACUUAGCUCCCGUUCAGGACCUUUUGAAUGAGUUCUGUAGCCUUGGGACUAAGCAAACUGAUGGUCCAAAACAAAAGACCCAUAAGACCAAACAAUGGGAUGAUGAAAAUGCAAGUAGUUCUUCGAGAAGGCAAUCUCUUUGCUCCCUGGAAUUCAUGGAAUUGCAGAAAAGAAAGACAAAGCUGCUUUCAAUGCUGGAGGAGGUUGACAGAAGAUACAAGCACUACUGUGAUCAAAUGAAAGCUGUGGUAUCUUCCUUCGAAGCAGUGGCUGGUAAUAGAGCUGCAACAGUCUAUUCAGCUUUGGCUUCUAAGGCCAUGUCAAAGCAUUUUCGAUGUUUAAGAGAUGGGAUUGUGGGUCAAAUUCAAGCUACAAAGAAGGCCAUGGGAGAGAAAGAUCCAGUUGCACCAGGCACAAGUAGAGGUGAAACACCAAGAUUAAGGAUCCUUGAUCAAACUUUGAGGCAACAAAAGGCUUUUCAACAGAUGAGUAUGAUAGAGAGUCAUCCAUGGAGACCCCAAAGAGGCCUACCAGAAAGAUCCGUAUCAGUUCUUCGGGCUUGGUUGUUCGAGCAUUUUCUCCACCCAUACCCAAGUGAUGUUGAUAAACAUAUCUUAGCCCGCCAAACUGGUCUAUCAAGAAGCCAGGUGUCCAAUUGGUUCAUCAACGCAAGAGUGAGGCUGUGGAAGCCUAUGGUGGAAGAAAUGUACUUGGAAGAAACAAAGGAAGGAGACAACAACAUGGCCUCUCCUGAUGGGGUUACUGAUUUUGAUGACAAUGGUGGCCGGCCUAAUCAGAAUCCUAAAACUGAUCAGAAACCAACACCGGACCAACUUGUCCGAAUUGACUCAGAAUGUCUAUCUUCCAUCAUCAAUAACCCUGAUAAGAAUGAUCCUAAAACCCCUAAAACCCUUCAGCAAAACCAACACUUGCAGCAUCAGCAACAAAACUUUGGGGCAUUCGGUGCUAUGGAAUUGGAUUUUUCAACAUAUAAUCAACAUGCGGUAGGUGGGGUUUCUUAUGCAAAUGAUCAUAAUAAUGCUAAUCAGAAUUUCAAUGGUGGUGGCGUGUCCUUGACAUUAGGGUUACAACAGCAUGGAGGGAGUGGAGUGAGCUUAGCAUUCUCACCUGCAUCACAAAGCUCACUUUUUUACGCCAGAGACCACAUUGAAGAUUGCCAACCAGUUCAAUAUUCACUUUUAGAUGGUGAAGGACAGAAUUUGCCUUAUAGGAAUCUGAUGGGAGCUCAGUUGCUUCAUGACUUGGCUGGUUAGAAGCAAAGUUCGUCUUCAUAUUUAUGAAGCGAUCAUUGAGGAAUUCUUAAUUCUUAUGAAAAAUUAUGGUGGCACAGUUAAGUCAGUAGUUUAGGUAUAGAUCGAUAAUACUUCAUACGAUAAUAUAUAUAUAAAAGCUACAGUUGGGUUGAAUAUAUAUAUGCUGUGGAAGAUAGUUUCAUGGCUAGCUCUGGUAGUUUUUCAUCUUCUAUAUAUUUUUAAUUGGUACAAACAUGUCUAUUUACUGUUAGGUUAAAUUUCAAUGGCAAUGGAAAUUGAUUGAUGCAACAUUAUAUAGAUGGAUAUUUCUUUCUUC